UCAGUUUUCGAGAUACGAGUUUUCACGAUACGAGCUAUCGAUCAGUCGCUCCUUAUAUAAUAAAGAAUUUUAAUUAAAAGCGCAUAUCUUUCGCAUACUUUGAUUAAUUAUGUUGCCAUUUAAAAAUAAACUCAUUAAAGAGGAUCAUGGACUUGAUUCUUUUCUUCUCUGGUCUUGGGCUUAUCACUAUUGUGCUACAGAUCGUUAGGAGAUGCGUUUUCAAUAUUCAGUUAUCACUGCUACUAUUCUUCUUCAUUUUGUUUCUUCUCAUCUUUACAAUGGUUCACCAGGUCAAAAGGAAAAAGAAGAAGUAGCUGCACGAAUAUUUGGUUUUGCUGAAUCACUCGAAGGAUGUUCACGACCGCCAAACACGAAAAAAGAGAAAAUAAUUGGCCAUACAUUUCAAUUACUCUGUAAACAUUUUGGUCCUGAAACAAGGGAUGACAUUGUUGACUCUAUUCAAAUAUCAAAAAUAAAAAUCACUGAAACUAAUUUGCAAAAAUUAUACAAUAAGUGUUUUGACAAACUGAAACCCAAAUUCAUGGCUUGUUUUGAAGAAAUUUUCGACAGAUAUGAUUUAGUGGGAAGUGAACAACCACCAGCAUGUUUGAAUAAUUUAGCGGUGUUUCCUUCAACAAAAUAUCAAAUAUUUUGGCUUAAGCGUUUUGAAAAUAUUGUACGUUAUAUAGAUAAAGUAAUAAAAGGUUAUAAAACAUUUAGUCCAUCAAGAAUGGUAGUUAAAAAAUUUUUAGAACAAAAUAUAAUGGAGAAUUGGAAUAAAUCUCGAUUCUUUGAUUAUGCUAAAAUAAAAAUUGACGAAUGGGAGUCAUUAACAAUUAAAGAUAAAAAUCAAAGAGUAAAGGAGAUUAUUGAACAACCACCGAAUCUUCAAAGUAUUUGUAUUCUUUCAAAGGAAUGGCUGAAGAAUCCAACUGAUUUCGAAACCAAUAAUUGUCUUCGCAAGAUCAUUGGCAAUCUGAUGGUAAUUGAAAAACAUCUAGAAAAAGAUGGAGCAACUCUGGAAACAGAUUUCCUUGACAGAAAAUAUUUCCCACUUCAUUUAAUUCAUAUAAUAAAGAGUAUUUUUCGUCGUCAGCAAAUGGCUUCACGAAGGUCAUUGAACUUUAAUUUAUCACCAUAUUCGAAAGCCAUGAAAAUUCAUGAAAUAAGAGCAGCGAAUAUUAAGUGUCUAGAUGAACUGAGGGAACGAUAUGACAGAGAGCACUUGAAACUUUCAAAAUUGUUACGUGAAGAGCAUUUACAACAAUGUCUAAAUGAUUUUAUUAACAAAGCAGAAUCAGCAGAUGAUUCAGUAAAAAAUUUAUAUCUACGUCAAACGCAUGCUGGCGAUAAAAAAAAUGUUAUAAAUGCAGAGAAAGACUUAAUAAAGUCAAUGAUGCGUUCCUAUCAUAAAAUGAAACCUCUACAGCCAGCAAUUCAGAAUUUAGUUAAUCAGGGUCUUCCACAAGAUCCCUUAGCGUAUCCCUGGGCAAACCAGUUUAUAAAUUCAUGGGAGACUUCAACAAUUCCAGAUAAGUACGCUAAAUUAGAUAAUGCAUUUUAUUCCAAUAGUAUUAGUUUAUCAUCUAGCACAUCAUGUAAAAAAACAAAUUCAAUGGAUAAAAAAAAAUGCUGGAAUAAUUAUCUUACACAAAAUGCCAUGGUUGAAUCACACUUACAAAAAGAUGGUGUGAGUCUUGAGUAUGUUUAUUUGGGUGAUCCAUUCAGAAUGAACUUGAUUUAUUCCAUUGAUGAUGCCUUGAAAAGAAAGCAACAAGAACAAAGUAGAGUCAUUACCCAAUUUCGUAUUGCCGCUGAUCCACUUGCUGAGAUAGACGAUGGAUUGCUUGAUCAGUUGGCAGAAGAAGAAAUAGACGUGGUACAGGACACCAAUUCUACUCUAGCGGAACUUGUUUCUGAAGAAUCGUAUGAAUAAAAAAAAGGCACUUAAUCAUAUGAAUAAAUGUAUACUUAUUUGCUGUUUCUCAAGAUGUUAUUCAACUUUGUAAAAUAUUGUAAAGUUCAAUUGAUUUGAUAUCAAGUAA